AUGCAUUCCAUCACCACCCUUUUCACAGCUGUCCUAGCCCUCCUGCCGUCUGUGCAAGCCGAUAUCCCUCACGGCAACUGGAUGCAGCUUGACUGUUAUGUCAGAUAUGUGUACAUGGACGGCCGGCUGCUUACCGCCCAAGCCUGCAACAAGAAUUACGUCUUCUCCGUGGCGAAAUACAGCAUUGGACGCGGCAGAUGUAUCGCCUAUAUUAGCGAUGGUUUAAAUGAUGCUGAUUUGUGGGAGAACUGUAAGAAGCAAUCUCAGAAUGGUUGGUAUGAUAUCGAUAGGAUCACUGGUGAUGUUGUUGUCAACGGUUCUCCUUACAAGGCUUAUGAUGCCGAAGGCCGCGGCUAUUAA